UUUUUUUGAACUUUUUGCACCCAACUUUUCCAAUGGCCAACAAGGAGGACGUGUUUUUGUCUUUUAUUGGUUAUGAUUUUGACAAUGACGAACGAUUCAACGCUGGUGUUUCGUCCAUUAUGAAGAAACAAGAAGGCAACAAAGAAGAGAUGCUUGAAAAAGCGAAAUGGUUUUAUUAUACAAAGUUUGUUGAAGCAUUCGACUUUAACGAGUAUCAAGAUUGGAAAGCAAAGAACCAGCAAGACACACAUGAGGAAUUAACAACAACAACAACAACAACAACAACAACAACAACAUUGGAAGCAUCUACAACAGAACAAACUACCAAAGGCGGAGAAAAAGUGACAAUACCACCGAAAUUCUCUUUCCAGCAAAUCGUUGAAAUGAUUGAAACUGGACAGGAGAUACCAGGUAUUCGACAGAUUCCAAAUAAAUUGAAUGAAGGUGAGCCAAGUCAACCGAAAUUGAAAGCACGGCCAAAACCAUGGGAACAGCAACAACACUUAGAAUAGUUUUAUAUAUAUAUUUACAUCUAUUAGACAUAUGCACACAUCUAUAUUUAUAUAUACAUUACAUACCGCGCCUUCAUCAAUAAAAAUCUCCGUAUCCUUAUUUUAGCUAUGGAUGCACAAGUGGCAUCAAGAAAAUAUUUUCAAAUCCAUAUAUAUAUUUUAUAUUGGUGUCGCUUGGUCUAUUAGGAGUAGGGAUGAGAGGUAUAAAUUAAAAAAAAAAAAA